CACAUCACCUAUUGUAUUUUGGUUCCUUGUGGGGAGAAAUUAGGCGAUCUUGGAGGACACCGUUAUUGCAUCUAACCUGGCCAACUCUGCUCGAUCCGACAAUGAUGCUGAGUUUCCUGUUUCUCUUGCUUCAAUUCUGCUACAUCCCGGCGGGCCAGAUUGAUCACUGUAACAGUUUCCCUUGCGUUAAUGGAGGCAUGUGCUCGUCGAGUGCCACUGGGUUCAGCUGUGACUGUCCUGCUGGCUUCACGGGUCUGAUGUGUGAAACCCAGAUUGAUCACUGUGACAGUUCCCCUUGCGUUAAUGGAGGCACGUGCUUGUCGAGUGCCACUGGGUUCAGCUGUGCCUGUACUGCUGGCUUCACGGGUCUGAUAUGUGAAACCCAGAUUGAUCACUGUGACAGUUCCCCUUGCCGUAAUGGAGGCAUGUGCUUGUCGAGUGCCACUGGGUUCAGCUGUGCCUGUCCUGCUGGCUUCACGGGUCUGAUGUGUGAAAAUGUUUCACAAAGGUGUCAAGUCUGAACGGUCAGCUAAGAUAACACAUGUGACAAUUAUGUUCAUGAUGUCCAUGCAUAUGGUUCUUUAAAAAUAUCCAUGGAGUUAGAAAGCAAUGAACAAUCAAUAAACGUUUUAUCGG